AUGGCGACCAGGAAGGCGGGCUCGCGGCUCGAGACAGAGAUCGAGCGCUGCCGCUCCGAGUGCCAGUGGGAGCGGAUCCCCGAGCUCGUCAAGCAGCUGUCGGCCAAGCUCAUCGCCAACGAUGACAUGGCAGAGCUCCUCCUUGGGGAGUCGAAGCUGGAGCAGUCCCUGAAGGAGCACCCACUGCGGCAGGGGGCCAGUCCCCGAGGCCCCAGGCCCCAGCUGACCGAGGUCCGCAAGCACCUGACCGCCGCCCUGGACCGUGGGAACCUAAAGUCAGAGUUCCUACAAGAAUCCAAUCUGAUCAUGGCCAAGUUGAAUUAUGUGGAAGGAGAUUAUAAGGAGUCUCUCAACAUCUAUGCCCGGGUGGGCCUGGAUGACCUGCCGCUGACAGCCGUCCCUCCCUACAGGCUGCGCAUGAUUGCGGAAGCCUACGCCACCAAAGGACUUUGUUUAGAGAAGUUGCCUGUUUCCUCUUCUACCAGUAACCUCCACGUGGACCGGGAACAGGAUGUCAUCACCUGUUAUGAGAAAGCAGGGGACAUUGCUCUCCUAUACCUCCAAGAGAUAGAAAGGGUAAUACUUACCAAUAUUCAAAACAGAAGCCCUAAGCCUGGCCCUGCUCCCCACGAUCAAGAACUAGGUUUUUUCCUAGAAACAGGACUUCAGAGAGCCCAUGUCCUCUAUUUCAAAAAUGGGAACUUGACAAGAGGAGUCGGGAGAUUCAGAGAGAUCCUCAGAGCAGUAGAAACAAGAACAACACAAAACCUGCGAAUGACAAUAGCCAGGCAGUUGGCGGAGAUCUUGUUGCGGGGUAUGUGUGAACAGAGCUACUGGAACCCUCUGGAGGAUCCGCCCUGCCAGUCACCUCUGGAUGACCCUCUCCGGAAAGGAGCAAACACAAAAACCUACACCCUCACUCGGAAAGCCCGCGUCUACUCAGGAGAGAACAUUUUUUGUCCUCAAGAAAAUACUGAAGAAGCCCUGUUGUUACUGCUGAUUAGUGAAUCGAUGGCCAACCGGGAUGCUGUGCUGAGCAGAACACCCGAGCACAAGAGUGACCGCCUCAUCAGCUUGCAGAGUGCCUCGGUGGUCUAUGACCUACUGACCAUUGCCCUUGGAAGAAGAGGCCAGUAUGAGAUGCUGUCGGAGUGCUUGGAAAGAGCCAUGAAGUUUGCCUUCGAGGAGUUCCAGCUCUGGUACCAGUUUGCUCUGUCUCUCAUGGCUGCGGGAAAAUCUGCACGGGCCGUGAAGGUGCUGAAAGAGUGUAUCCGUCUGAAGCCCGAUGACGCCACCAUCCCGCUCCUCGCCGCAAAGUUGUGCAUGGGCUCCCUUCACUGGUUGGAAGAGGCUGAGAAGUUUGCCAAAACUGUCGUAGAUGCGGGAGAGAAAACGUCAGAGUUCAAGGCCAAAGGCUACUUAGCUCUGGGGCUCACGUACAGUCUGCAGGCCACUGACGCUUCUUUGCGAGGGAUGCAGGAGGUCCUACAGAGAAAGGCGCUUCUUGCAUUUCAGAGGGCCCACAGCCUGUCACCUACAGAUCACCAAGCAGCUUUCUACCUGGCUCUGCAGCUGGCCAUCUCCAGACAGAUCCCAGAGGCUCUGGGGUACGUCCGCCAAGCUCUUCAACUUCAAGGUGAUGAUGCCAACUCCCUGCACCUCCUUGCCCUCCUCCUGUCUGCACAAAAGCAUUACCACGAUGCUCUGAAUAUCAUUGACAUGGCCCUCAGUGAAUAUCCGGAGAAUUUUAUACUACUGUUUUCCAAAGUGAAGCUGGAGUCUCUCUGCCGGGGCCCAGAUGAGGCGCUCCUCACUUGUAAGCACAUGUUACAAAUAUGGAAAUCCUGCUACAACCUAACCAAUCCCAGUGAUUCUGGACGUGGGAGCAGCCUCUUAGAUAGAACCAUUGCUGACAGACGACAGCUUAACACAGUUACUUUGCCAGACUUCAGCGAUCCCGAGACAGGCUCUGUCCACGCCACAUCCGUGGCAGCAUCCAGAGUGGAACAGGCACUGUCAGAAGUGGCCUCGUCUCUGCAGAGCAGUGCCCCCAAGCAGGGCCCGCUACACCCCUGGAUGACGCUGGCCCAGAUCUGGCUCCAUGCAGCUGAAGUCUACAUUGGCAUCGGGAAGCCUGCAGAAGCCACAGCCUGUACUCAGGAAGCUGCCAACCUCUUCCCGAUGUCCCACAACGUCCUAUACAUGCGCGGCCAGGUCGCAGAGCUCCGAGGAAACCUUGAGGAAGCCCGGCGGUGGUACGAAGAAGCCUUAUCCAUCAGUCCCACCCACGUGAGGAGCAUGCAGCGACUGGCCCUGAUCCUUCAUCAGCUGGGCCGCUACAGUCUAGCAGAGAAGAUCCUCCGGGAUGCGGUGCAGGUGAACUCGACAGCCCACGAGGUCUGGAACGGGCUGGGCGAGGUCCUGCGAGCCCAGGGCAACGACUCGGCGGCUACCGAGUGCUUCCUGACAGCCCUGGAGCUGGAGGCCAGCAGCCCGGCCGUGCCCUUCACCAUCAUCCCCCGGGUGCUCUGAGCAGGCGCCUGCCAGCCUCACUGCCGCUAAGGCCCCCGGGCGCCCCCCCGCACCGAGGCCAUGGAGGAGCGUGGGACUGGCCACACUGAGCUAAGCGAUCGAGCCCCAGUCCAUCGCUCUCUCCACGUGCAUUUCUGUUGUUGUGCUGACCAGCCCGGUGAUAGUUUCUGAACCUACUGACAUUGUUCAAAAUGGAUUAUGUGCCAUAUUUUGUUAGUCGACAUCUGCGUUUUAAAGUCAAAUGAUAAUGGACUUAAUCAGCAAAUGUAGACGAAUAUAUUCAAAGGUAAACUUCAGUGGCAGAGCAGAUUAUUUUUAUCAGAGCUGUAAAGAAAACUCUCUCCCCCUACCAUCCCCGCCCAACCUCCGCCUGAAAACCAAAUGUGAAUCUUCUGUUUCCCACCUCAGUCCUAGUCCAAGCCAGGACACCAGCUGACGAUCUCUUGGUUUUGUUGUCAAUAACUACACCGUGUGAAUUCCUGUCCUCACUUAGAGCAAAGCCUGAUGUGAGAAUGUUUCUAUUUCACCAAUAUAUGCCUGUUACAAGAGAAGGAAAUAGGAGCUAUUUAAGUUUAACUUUUUUAUGUGAAUUCAGAGUUUAUUUAUCGAUGGAAAUAUGUACAAAAGAAGCUUCAGAUGGAAUAUUUACCGACAUUCCUUAUACAUGACAGACACUUGGCUAAAUGGGAAGAUGAUGUUAAUAAUAAAACGAUUUUUA